UGUUGGUUGGUGGAUUGUUGAACAAACCAUUAACUUAAGCUUGUUGCUCAACGCGAGGGGGUCAUCGCGUUUCGUUCCUUUCUCUUGUACUUGUCUGCUUUCUGGUUUACGAUCUGUGUUACGAAUUGCUAUGCCUUUCCCCUUUACAUUCAGAUUUUCGGUAUCGGGUCUUCACAAUCCGUUUGCAGCCAAGUCGGCACCACAACUGUCCCGGGAUGGCGUGCGGGAAGGUGCACUGCUUGAUCCUGCAGCUACUAAAUCCCGACGUAAUCACGGCUUCCCCCCUCCCCGCCGUGCAUCUCCCUCACCUUCACUAUCACCGUUUGUACCACUAAACCGCAAGCGCGGUUGGGUCCCUUCUAUCCCUGAACCCAGCCAAGCUGCCACAAGCGCCGCAUCUACUCGCGGUUAUCUCGACACACCAGCCAAGUACAGAGACAUGGUGCAAGAAGCGCCCGAACGAGAAAUUGAAGAAAUGAUCGCAGAAUUACCUCCCGCCAAGCGGCGUCGCACUCUCGCUGGUUCGAUCGUGUCUACAGCGUUGAGCGCUGCUCUUAUCGGGACUGCUGUUGGUCUCACUGUAUAUCGCCUCUGGCGGGACCGAGGCAAGGAAUUAGAAAAAACACAACCACUACCGCCACCAUACCACCCGGGUGACUGGGUCCCCGAUCAUCCCAAGAAUAUUCAGUUUACCCCUCCUACUCCGAAAUCGCGUAAGCCUCGCCCAAUGCCUUCCUCUGUUCGUCGCUCCGGCACGCGACAUCGCAGGACGCGACCUCGAGGUCGACCAAUCACCCCGUCACGUAGUGCUUCUCCUACCUUCAUGGCCCCUCCACCUCCAGAGUUUGAUUUCGUGCAUGUAAACCAAGAGGAAGACAAGGAGGAGAACGAAACUGAGGCCGACGAAAUGGACUGGAUCGGUGAUAGGCUAUCUCAACUGAUACAAGAAGGGCACAGAGCUCUAAACACAGAGGUUGUGGUGAUGAGUGAAGCAAAGGAGGAUGAGGUAGACGAUGGUUCAGGUGACUGGGAGGAAGAGCAACCUGUCGCUGGUUCAUCCAUUUCCAGGCGCAGUUCCCUACGUCGAACACAUCGACCCCGUGACAUUCAACCCCCGUCCUACUCUGCCUUCCCUGUAUCACCUUCUCCGAGCUCGUCACCUAGGAAGCGCAAAUUUGUUGGAGAAGCUGUGCACCUUUCUCCUGUCCACUCAGAUUUUUCGAGGUUACCGGUACCCAGUACACCUCGUCGGAUUGCUCACGAAUCUUCGAGGGAUGUUGAUGCCUUUGCUCCUGUUACAAGUAGCUUCAAGGAGGAUGAGAGUGCCUGGCAGAGCCCGGAGCUUAGGGAGUCGAUGGAGAGGGCAAGAGCCCAAUAUCUUCAGAGAAGGAUGGCUGCAUGAUGAUCAUGAUGGAAACUUUCUGACACAUUACUAAUUGUAACUGUAACUUACUGACUGUUCUUCCCGCUGUUUCUUGUCAUUACAUGUUAUGGAAUGGAAUACUUCUGGUACUCAGUACAUGCUGUAGCAUUAGAAUAACUUCAGCCAAUGGUCAUGCGUUCAUGCGUUGCCAAUGUGAUGUGAUGGUCUUCUAGAUUCCAGAACCCAUGACUGCUACCGAAUUUAGAAUGGAACUAUUUUUUGC